AAAAAAAAAGGUUGUCGCCAUAAAAAAGGGGCAGUAUUUUCACACCAAAGACGAUUGACGAGAAUGCAAGAAUGCAAAGACGUUUUAUCUUCCUGCAAAAAGCGAAAUAUUUCCUCAAAACAAUCAACAGGUAAUAUUGGUGCCAUAUUUUUUCUUUUAAAAAAAAGAAUUAGAAGUAAAAUAUUUUUUAACAAAGGUGGAAUAAUCAAUAGAUCUUAUAAGCGCUUUUAUAUUCUAUUUAAUGACGUUACACGAACCGAUUCUACACGUGACUUUUUUUAACGCGUGAUCACGUGAAAUUAAUCAUUGUACGUUUCAUAUGAUUAUAUUACAAAAGGUGGGAUCGUAUUGGAGGUUAUUUCAAAUAUGGAGGUCAUUUCAAAUAUGAAGGUUAUUUCAAAUAUGGAGGUUAUUUUUAAUAUGGAGGUUAUAAUGAUCCAGUAUUUUAUAUAUUUAGAGUUAUAUGCAAUAUUGUAUAUUGAAUAUAAAUUAUAUCGGUAUAUCGAAUAUGAAAUUACAGUGAAAUUCGAUAUACCCAAACCUUGAUAUAACGGAACAUUUUGAUAUAUCGGAAUUGGAGUCUGGAACGGAUUAUCAAUAAUCUAUAAUUAAUUUACCCUCGAUAUGACGGGAUUUCUC